UAGACCUAGAGGAAGCCGAAGAUGAAAUUGAAGACAUUCAGCAAGAGAUAACUGUUUUGAGUCAGUGUGACAGCUCAUACGUAACGAAAUACUAUGGGUCAUAUUUAAAGGGUUCAAAGUUAUGGAUAAUAAUGGAAUACCUGGGUGGUGGUUCGGCACUGGAUCUUCUGCGAGCUGGUCCGUUUGAUGAGUUCCAGAUUGCUACCAUGCUAAAGGAAAUUUUGAAAGGUCUGGACUAUCUGCAUUCCGAAAAGAAAAUUCACCGGGACAUAAAAGCUGCCAAUGUCUUGCUCUCAGAACAAGGAGAUGUUAAACUUGCUGACUUUGGAGUUGCUGGCCAGCUGACAGAUACACAAAUUAAAAGAAAUACCUUUGUAGGAACUCCAUUUUGGAUGGCUCCUGAAGUUAUUCAGCAGUCGGCUUAUGACUCAAAAGCUGACAUUUGGUCAUUGGGAAUUACUGCUAUUGAACUAGCCAAAGGAGAGCCACCUAACUCCGACAUGCAUCCAAUGAGAGUUCUGUUUCUUAUUCCAAAGAACAAUCCUCCAACUCUUGUUGGAGACUUUACUAAAUCCUUUAAGGAGUUCAUUGAUGCUUGCUUGAACAAAGAUCCAUCAUUUCGUCCUACUGCUAAAGAACUUCUGAAACACAAAUUCAUUGUAAAAAAUUCAAAGAAGACUUCUUAUUUGACUGAACUGAUAGAUCGAUUUAAGAGAUGGAAAGCAGAAGGACACAGUGAUGAUGAAUCGGAUUCUGAGGGCUCGGAUUCGGAAUCCACCAGCAGGGAAAGCAAUACUCAUCCUGAAUGGAGCUUUACUACGGUGCGGAAGAAGCCUGAUCCAAAGAAACUACAGAAUGGGGCGGAGCAAGAUUUUGUGCAAACCCUGAGCUGUUUGUCUAUGUUAAUCACACCUGUGUUUGCUGAGCUUAAACAGCAGGAUGAAAACAAUGCUAGCAGGAAUCAGGCUAUUGAAGAACUCGAGAAAAGUAUUGCAGUGGCGGAAGCUGCCUGUCCCGGCAUCACAGAUAAAAUGGUGAAGAAACUAAUUGAAAAAUUUCAAAAGUGUUCGGCAGAUGAAUCCCCCUAAGAAACAGCUUGUUUUUGGCUGGUGUUUCGUACGGGCCCAGAGAAACCCACCAAAGCGACUUCAAGCUUAACAGUGCUUAACUCCUGAGCUCCAUGUGCCUUUUGGAUCUUUGUAACAUAUUGGUGAUUGAAGAUUUAGAACAACCUAUUCAACUAUUUUGGGAUGGUGUCUAUCAUUUUAUAUUUUGGAGAGAUUUUUUUGUAAGGAGGAACUUUUAAUACUAUAGUUUCAUCUGUACUCUAGUGAACGUUGAGAUCCAGUUUUGCUUUUAGGUAUCAUUAUUACUUAAGUUACUAGAAUGAAUACCUUUCAUGUUUUGACCUUUAGUUAACUGUACACUCACAAAACAUACAGGUCUUUCAAAGUCAUCCAAAAUUCAACUUUUGGAAAUUACCGAGCAUCAAAAAGCUUUUUUUUGUUUUUUACACAAUCGUAUACUAAAAACUACUGUUGGUGGGGAGGUGGAAAUAAAUCGUAUCUUCUUAAAACAGAAGGUUUCAAUAAGCCCCUGGAAAUGAAAGCUGGAAAAGUAUUGAUUCUUCUACCAAGUUGGUAUGAUGUUCCAGGCAGCUCAAUGAUUAUCACAUUUGAGAGCCCUGUAUUUGAGGCAUUUGCAGACAACAUGUAGCAAGAGAGAGAGCCUAAAAAAGCUGAUAUGAAUAUAACUUACACCAGCAUAUUUUUUACCAUAAAUUGUUCUAUGAACUAUUUAUACAUUUUUGUUUUUCAUACUUAACAAUACAUAAGCAUCAUUUAUUCAUUUUUGAAAGGGUAUUUAAAUGAGCAUUUUCUAGUUCAUAUGAAAACCAUAGUAAGUAUGGAAUGAUUUCUGUCUAUUCAAAGGUAAGUUAGACUGUACAGUUAAUUUUCAGUUCUAUUUAUGAUACUGUUAAGUGGGUAAUACCUUUUUCUUCUAAACUCAGUAUAUAUAUUAUGCCUAAGUUUUGAAUUAGGGCUAUAUUUCUGCAGUUGUAGAAUUAUUAAUAUUAACUAGUUUUAAUACUUAAUGUUUUAAUGUUUGGAUCUGCACAAUUUAGUUUUUGCACAAAAGUCUUUUUUUAUCUGAAUCAUUGCCAAUUAUUAGAAUGAAGAUGUUCUUCGAGUAAAGAAUAUAGUUUUUUGCCCAAGUGGCCAUUACCUUCUCUUUCUUUAAAAUAAUGCAAAACACUUGCGAAAGAUGUUGUGAUGUCUAUGCCAAUAAAAUGAUUUUCAUUGGUGCCUAUACUGUAACAAUCAUUUUAAAUGCAUUGUAUUUUGAAGUAAACGGUUCCGUUAAAAUUUUCACCUGCUAUGUAACUGAAAGUCAGUUGCGAUUUAUAAUCUGUGGUGAUCUGGAAAUAAUUUUGCAAUUCGUAUGGUGAAUUAAAUGAAUAUUUUUGUAAAAGUAAAAGCAACAAAUUUAUAAAUCGAUUGUUUGAAACUUUAGGCUACAACUGCAUCACAGGGACAAAUUGUGUGGCUCAUUGCCCAUUAUAGCUAUUAAUCCUGUAAACUGUUUCUAGGUAAAGCGUAUUCCACUGUUUUGGGGGUUUUCAAAAUAAAUAUUUAAAUUUCA